UUAAUGGAACAGAAUGAGGAAAUAGAGACCAGUGUUCCGGCAGCCUCAAGCCUUUCCUGCGCGGUUAUCGGCCCGAAAUAACUUUCAAAUGACUGACAAUAAAAGGACGUGAGAGAGCUGCAUAAAGUGAUAGAGAGAGAGAAAGAGAGGGAGAGAGAGAAAGGGGGAGAGCGAAAGAGGGACAGACAGGGAAAGAAAAAAGAGAAAGAGGGAGAGAAAGAGCUCGUAGAUUGUUGAUCGCGACAUCAAGGAGGGCAGACUUCGGGCCUCAUCUUCUCCCGUUGCUUGGCGACCGCGCGGAGACAGGUGCUCUUUUCGUCGGGACACGGUCCAGUGAGGAGUGUUGGGUGACCCUGGUCUCACCGUCAGACGCAGCGUAUUGUUAGGAUGCAUGCCCUGCAGAACUUCUUUCUAUUGGUCCUCGGGAUCAUUAGCCACGCCUCCUCCCAUUUCAACCUGACUCUGAAUGGUCAGUGGAAGGACUGGAAGGACCAUUACAAUAAAGAGUAUGGCAGCCAGGGGGAGGAGUUACAGAGGAGGCAGAUCUGGGAGAAAAACCUGAGGAUGGUGGAGAAACACAACAUGGAGGCUUCGCAUGGCCUGCACUCCUUCACCAUGGGCCUCAACCACCUCUCAGACAUGAUGGCGGAGGAGGUCAACGCUGUCCUCAACGGGCUGAGGGACGAGGAAGAGGUGGUGGAGGAGCUCCAUCGUCAUGGCAACCUGACGUUCACCUUGCCAGACGACGGCAAGGUCCCCCUGCCCCGGUCGGUGGACUGGAGGAGCAAAGGCAUGGUCAGCCCAGUCCGAGACCAGGGACGCUGCGGGUCUUGCUGGGCAUUCAGUGUUUCGGGGGCCAUGGAGGGACUGAUGAAGAGGCAGACGGGCAAGCUGGUCCCCCUCAGCCCCCAGAAUCUGCUGGACUGCAGCAGCAGCUAUGGCAACCUGGGCUGCAACGGUGGCUACCGCUCCUACACCUUCCGUUACAUCAUCGAGAACAAGGGCAUCGACUCGGACAGCUCCUACCCCUACGAGUCCAGGGAGGGGAAGUGCCGUUACUCGGUACAAGGCAGAGCCGGGUACUGCUGGGGGUUCCAAUUCCUCCGGCGGGGCGACGAGAGGGCACUGCAGGUGGCAGUUGCCAACGUGGGCCCCGUUUCUGUGAGCAUCAAUGCCCUGCCAUCCUUCCAAAGCUACAGAGGAGGCGUGUACGAUGACCCCUCCUGCAGCUCAGCGGAGACCAAUCACGCGGUGCUCGUGGUUGGGUAUGGGACGUACAGGGGGAAGGACUUCUGGCUGGUGAAGAACAGCUGGGGAACAGAUUGGGGUGAAAGCGGAUUCAUCCGAAUGGCCAGGAACAGGAAUAACCAGUGUGGAAUUGCUAACUUGCCCAUAUAUCCCACCAUGUGAAACCAUCAGUGUAUCAGGCUACGCUAAAGCUAAUCUCAGGCUGUUAAUCACCUAUUAAUCUUCACUUAGACAACAGAAAGCAAACUGCAUGAAAUAUGCAUAUAUCGACAUCAGAUGUGGGCAAUUCUGCUUAUAGAGGGCCGGUGUGUGUGUGCAGGUCUUUGUUUCCACCAGUUACCCUGCUUAAAUGAGCUAACUGGCUGUAUGCGCCAACACUGGUUUCAUGUGUAGAUUAGAUCACAGCAAAAAAAUUGUGUAGAAACACAAGAACAGACUUAGGUUGUCAUUCGUGCACUUAUCAAGAAGCGCAGCUAAAAUGUUAAAUUGGGGUAAAUAUUAGAGCUGAUUAAGUCAUUAAGGCCAGAGACACAGAAACCGAUACGGCCCUCAUUGCCCACCUCUGAUCUGCAUGCUAAUCGCGAUCUUUAUUGAAAUGUAUUCAUAUCUGCAAUGAUUGCUCUUUAAAAGUGUAACAGCUUGAACAGGUUUAACCUGCACGUUUUGAAAUUGUUUUAAAGAACUCCGUACUUACAGGUCAAGGUUUUUUAAAUGCAUACAAAUAAACAUUGCUUUUGCAAAAUG